UUGCGGAACUACUGCAGCGGUCCCUGGACAGGCGAUAUCGGUACUAACUGACCCAAACACGCGGACCGUGACUCCGAUGUCGGGAAGCCAUCACGCUCAGCUGUUACAACGGCAGCUGCAUCAUUUCCCCUGUUCCUGCGCAAGCGUAGUGCAACGAAUGGCACCGGCUCAGUUAUAUUUUCCCGGGUUACGUUUCCAUUCAAGGUCUGCAGGUCUGGAAGUUGGCGCCCAGCUGAUCAGCGGACUGUUGUUAGCCCCAGACGUUCAGCAAGGAGGUUCAGCAUACUUCCGAGUUUUGACUGUCCAGCACGUCACGGUUCAGGAGUCACAGUCACAGCCGUAGGGUCAGGUGUAAUAGAAGUGGCUGUGGUCCAGUUUACGAUGACGUCACGUUAUCGGGAGACAUGACGCUUCACUGGUGGAUGCAUUGGUUUUGGAUCACCAAACCAGCAGCACUCCUGCUGGUGUCUUCAAUUGUAGUUGCCCUUCCUUUGGGCCCUUAUACAUUGCCAACACAAUACAGAUUCCAUGAACAGCUGGAUCAUGAUGACUCCACCAUCACGGAUUUGCUCUUGCAUCUUAAAGCAGGCCAUCACAUACCUUCUGCCUACAACACAGACUUGUGGAUGGGUACACAGGACUUGCGCCAGUCAUCCACUUCAUCCAGUUCUUUGUUGUGGCCAACUGAGAGUGUACCAGGCAUCCAAAGAGAGGAAACAAUAGACCCAUCCAGCAAGGCCAUCCCAGAACCUAGUAUCAGUACAUAUCUAAAGUCAGAAACUGAUCAGAUAGGACUGUCCCGUGGUGUGCAACCAUUUUUGUUUUAUACCUCGGGUCCGCCUGAUAGCUCUACUGCAAGCGAGAGACAUGUGCUGUUGGACCCACCUAUUACAGACGAGCAUAUGUUUUCACAAGUGUUAGGUGCAGGCAGUUCCCAGUUCCCUGACACCCAGACUGUUGGAAAACAGAGUGUUGUGAGUGAUAGUGAAGAAAGUGUACCUGUUUUAAAAUCAGCUUUAAUUUCUGAAAUUAGAGGUGAAAACCAAAACUUAUCUGCAACUGAAGGAACAACUGUGUCAAUUAAUGGUGUACGAAAAAUUUCUGCAACUGAAGAUAAUAAUAGUGCUGUGGUGAUAUCAAAAGACAUAAGGAACACAACUCAGUUAGUGUUUAAUAAUUCUGAAGGCAUCUUAUCGGAUAAUCAUAAUUUUUCUGUUGAACCUGCAGUUGAUAAUUUAAAUUCUUUUAUCCAAGGUGUGGAUAAGCCCAGUGUGAAUAUCCCUCGCCCUGUAACCAGAGAUUUGGAAAACAAUUCCAAAUCAUCACUUAGCACAUCACUGCAGAUUUCAGUUUUAGCUAGUCAUGCACUUGAUCAUACAUCGUCCCUGUCCACAGCAUUUCCCCAAUUAAAGCCACCAGUACCACGAUCCGAUAAGUCUGCAGGCUACUUUCCUUCACAGUUUCGUCCCCUUGUGCUUUCUACAAUCUCACCCUCUAAAGAUGGACCAGAUGCUUUUCCCAUCCCACAUAGUAGUGAUACAAGUGACAUCAUGCAGAGUUAUUUACAGGGACCAAAUAUUAAUGAUGAUUUCUUAAACCGCAAACAUGUAGAAGCUUC